AUGAGCUCUCGCCUCCCCAGCAACGCCCAGAUGCUUCCCGGUAGCUCUGUCUGGCCUCUUGCGGCUUUUCGAGGGAAAGAGUCCAGUGCUGUGCACACAAGACAAUUGCGUUCUUUGUCCCGAUCUCCUUCUCAAUCACCUCCACCACCCUCUGAGUCUUCAGCUGCACAAAGUCGCGCGAGUAGCAGAGCGCGAACUGAUGGCUCUGAUCUGUAUCGUCGUUCAAAAAAGGUGGAAGCUGAGUAUAUAGCUCUGAUGGUGAGAAAGAACAAGUUGAGAUUCAAUGGCAGAACUGAAGAGAGCAACCUCAUCCAGAGUGCGGUGAACGUGGGCAUCGUCCUAGCUUGGACAGUAGAAGACGUGAUAGACGUGGUAAGACAAGUGGGAGAAGCCAUCGAACAGUUGAGGAUGGGCCAUAUAUCAGAAAGAUAUGUUAGGAUGACGGAGAUGGCGAAUGUCAUUGCCGAGGAGGAAAUUCUGAACACCGAUAUCAUACGGGCGGAUUUCGCAUGGAUGAUGAAACUCAGAACGACUUUCGGGCUCCGUGAUAAAAAGGCAACGAAGAAUCGCUCUGGAGGACAAGUCAGAGACGAGAAUACACUGGAUAUCCACCAAGAUGGCGAUGCCGCUGCUUGGAGCUUCCACGCUCCAUUCCUGCUCAUGAAGAUUCAAGCUGCACUGGAAAUCGCAUUUUCAGAGGUAUGGGAAAAGGCGAGUGCGAUUUCGACCACGCCCCGCGACAUUCGCCAGAACCUUGAUUGGAGCGGCUUUUACGUCAAAGCUCCUUACCUCCUUCGAAUACCCAACCGAGAAUGUGGUGCAGCUCUUGAAUUUUACCUGCAGAAUUCACAUACUGGAAUCUUGCGGUUUCCACCAGAAGAGAACGACAAACCGAUAGAGAGGAUCAUGCCUGGAAUCGAGCGACCACUCACGCAGGUCGAAAAGGCUGACAUACUAAGAAAAGUGUCAGCUGAUAUACAACCGAUUGGCAAAGGAAGGGAGAUGAUCAAGAUAGUGUUGGAUGUUCUCGGAGAUCCUCGACACGCGAACGAGGGGAACGAUGAUACGCCACGGAACUAUGACCUUAUGAUUCGAGCUCAAGUUGAGCUGCGAGACGAGGCGUUUCUGUUGCUAGCAUUCAUGUAUCGGAAUGCUGAUGAGCUCCAUGGAGAAGACGAGGUUGAAGAAGAGAGCAUGGUGGAGGAUAAGAUGGACACAGGAGCGUAG